ACGUGAAAAAAUCAACGAUUAUUUAUGGGCGGGCAGCGGAUUAGAUGUACGCUAAACACACGCUACAAUAAAUAAUUUGUUAAUAUAGUCUCGACGAUUUAGCAGAACUGUCGUGUAAACGCGUGCACUGUUCAGCAAAUAGUUCGAAUCCAAAUUAUAAAAAAAAUCGCUUUGUAUUUGUAUCUAUAACACCAAAGCAUAAAUUUGAUUACAAUGUUAAGCGCAGGCCGAAUGUAAAAACUUGGGGGCCAGCGCACACACGCGAAGCGCGUCAGAGCGUCGGAACGUUGACGGCGGCGUCGACGUCAACGUUGACGCAGCGGCCCGCAAAAUUUGCGAAGCAAAAAAAAGGCGGAAUGAAUUCAGCCAGGCAGCGACGCUGACGCCGAGGCUGAUGCCAGCAAAGAUGUGCGCGCACAAUACGAAAAAUUACAAAGCAGACUUUUGGGAGCGGCAAAUGGCCAAAAUCAACAACAGCAGCAGCAGCAGCAGCAGCAGCAGCCAGCAGCAGCCAGCAGCAGCCCGCAGCGGCAACAGCAACAAGAACAACAAUGUCAACGCUACAACGGACGCUGAGCGUUCACAACUAAGCAAUAGAGUGGACCCGUACAAAAAUGCGCACAAGUCAGGCGCCAGUGUUAGCGCGUGGGUGCAACAAGGAUAAGCAGCGGCAGCAGCAGCAGCAGCAGAAGCAGCAGCAGCUGAAGCAGCUGCAAUAGCAACACAAACGCCUGGCCAUUUGGAAAUCACAACUCAACUAAGCAAAGGCGAGACCAAGCAUAUAGUAUAUACAAUAUAUACUACAUUCUAAGCAAAAGGAAUAAACUCAAAUCAAAGAAAAUCAAAUAUCACGCAUACGCCAUGGAGCCAGUCAUGAGUUUGGCAUUGGCCGCCCAUGGGCCGCCCAGCAUACUGGAGCCGUUGUUUAAAACCGUAACUACGAGCACAACCACAACAACAACCACAACUGCUGCCACCACAAGCAGCAGCAGCAGCAGCCCCACUAUAAGUCCCACCACCAGCACCACCUUGUUGACGGCUCUGCUUGAGAACUUAACCUCGACAGCUGCGAGUGGUUUGUACGAUCCGUAUGGCAAUCACACGAAUACCACGCUGGGCUUUGAGACGAAAGGGCCGAGGUAUUCAGUGGCGUCGAUGCUGGUUAUGGGCUUCGUAGCGGCGAUUCUGAGCGCGGUAACAGUUGCUGGCAAUCUCAUGGUAAUGAUCUCGUUCAAGAUCGAUAAACAGCUUCAGACGAUCAGCAACUAUUUCCUCUUCUCGCUGGCCAUUGCGGACUUUGCGAUUGGCGCCAUCUCGAUGCCCCUUUUUGCGGUCACGACGAUAUUGGGGUAUUGGCCGCUGGGGCCGCACGUGUGCGACACCUGGCUGGCCCUCGAUUACUUGGCCUCAAAUGCCUCCGUUCUCAACUUGCUUAUCAUCAGCUUCGAUCGAUACUUCAGUGUCACCCGACCGCUGACCUAUCGCGCUAAGCGCACGACCAAUAAGGCGGCCGUCAUGAUUGGUGCUGCCUGGGGCAUCAGCUUGCUGCUGUGGCCGCCCUGGAUCUACAGCUGGCCCUACAUCGAGGGCAAGCGCACGGUGCCCAAGGACGAGUGCUACAUCCAGUUCAUUGAGACGAAUCAAUACAUUACCUUUGGCACAGCGCUAGCUGCAUUCUAUUUUCCUGUCACGAUCAUGUGCUUUCUCUACUUUCGCAUCUGGCGUGAGACGAAGAAGCGGCAAAAAGAUUUGCCAAAUUUGCAAGCUGGUAAAAAGGAUUCCAGUAAGCGAUCCAAUAGCAGCGACGAAAACACCGUGGUGAAUCACACAUCUGGUGGACUGCUGGGGUUUUCCCAGCUCGGUGGCAAUGAUCACGAUACGUGGCGACGGCCGCGCUCAGAGAGUUCGGCAGAUGCGGAAAGCGUUUACAUGACAAACAUGGUCAUCGAUUCGGGAUAUCAUGGCAUGCACUCGCGCAAGUCGAGCAUCAAGAGCACCAAUACAAUCAAAAAACCAUAUUCAUGCUUUGGAAGCAUCAAAGAGUGGUGUAUCGCGUGGUGGCAUUCGGGCCGCGAGGAUUCCGACGAUUUUGCCUACGAGCAGGAGGAGCCAUCUGAUUUAGGGUAUGCAACACCAGUAACAAUUGAAACUCCUUUACAAAGCUCCGUCUCCAGAUGCACCUCGAUGAACGUUAUGCGGGACAACUACUCGAUUGGCGGCAGUGUUAGCGGGGUGAGGCCGCCGAGCAUAAUGUUGGCGGAUGUGUCGCCGACGCCGUUACGCCCGCCACUCAAUUCCAUUUCGCAAAUGCAGAUGCAGGAAAUGAACGCGACCGGCAAUGGCAACAACGGCAAUGUCAACAUCAACAUCAGCAUCAAUAGCGGCAAUGGUGUUGGAGGCGGCGGGGGCUGCGGCGCUGCUGUCAGCAACAACAACAAUCUGAACGGUGGUGGCGCCAACAACAACACGAAUACCAAUACUCUUCGUGACUCGAGAACCCUCCCCGUGAGCAAUCGCAUCGGCUCUCGUUCGGUCAGUCAGGACUCGGUCUACACAAUACUUAUCCGCCUACCGCCAGAUGGCGCUAGCACGGCAACCGGCAGCAGCGGCGCAGGCGGCGUCAGCAACGCCAUGGGCAAUCAAAGCGUUCAUGGCGAGUGCGGGCCCUCCAUAAAGAUGAUACAUGAGGAUGUGUCGACGGCGGGUGCAAGCAGCAUGGGCGUGGUCACGUCAGCACCGCCGCCCACGCGUCGUGCAUUGCCGUCACGCGACUCGGAGUUUAGCCUUCCGCUAGGUAGACGCAUGUCGCAUGCCCCGCAAGAUAUGCGGCUGCUCAAUGCGAAGGUUAUACCAAAGCAGCUAGGUAAGACGGCCGGGCAGAAUGCCCUGCUUAAUGCGCGAAAUGCGGCUAAAAAGAAGAAAAAAUCGCAGGAGAAGCGACAGGAAUCCAAGGCGGCCAAGACCCUGUCGGCCAUCCUUCUCAGCUUCAUCAUCACAUGGACCCCCUAUAAUAUUCUAGUACUGAUCAAGCCGCUGACCACCUGCUCGGACUGCAUACCCACCGAGCUGUGGGACUUUUUCUACGCCCUCUGCUACAUCAACUCAACCAUUAAUCCCAUGUGCUAUGCGCUGUGCAAUGCCUCCUUCCGGCGCACUUACAUACGCAUUCUCACCUGCAAAUGGCACUCGCGUAAUCGCGAGGGCAUGGUCAGAGGCGUAUACAACUAGGGCGAUCAGUUCAUACCAGUUGCAAUAAAUGUUGUGAACACAAUUAUUGCGAAAUGCGUAAAAAUAAAACCGAAUAAACGAGAAAUUGUUAGCGAAAGCAAAACCAAAACUAGGCUUAGGUAACACUUUGAUAAGCAGUACUGAUUUUUGAUGUCUAGCCACCAAUAUAUAAAUAUAUUGAGGAACGUAUA